AUGGGUAAGAGCCUCCUGCUGCUGCUGGUGGUCCUGUCCUUGCUGCUGGGCUCCCUGCAAGCUCUACAGUGUUUCCAGUGUGAACGAUUCAAUGCCAGUGGGGUCUGUGAGACUGGAGAAAACUUCUGCCAGACUCAAGGCAGCGAGGAGUGCUUCCUGAAGAAGGUCUACGAAGGUGACACCGUUUCCUAUGGAUACCAGGGUUGUAGCAGCCUAUGUAUUCCCAUGAAGCUCUUUAAUCGCAUCACUACUGUGGAGUUUAAAUGCUGCCAUGACUCACCUCUCUGCAACAAGUUCUAAAGACAGCG